UGACAUAGACGAUUUGUGGUUUCGGGUAGCAUACAAUCGCCAACGAAUUUUAAAAGUUAACAUAUUAUCGAAAUUCUCGAAAUACUAGUUUUAAAUGCCUAAUUUGACGUGUCAUAACUUUUGCUAUUGUUGACCAUUUCGAACGCCUUUAGUGAGCAAAAAACUAGGUCAUGAUCACUUUGAAAUAGUAUUAAGAAUGUAAUAUUUCGACUUCAUUUGACAUCCUGUAAUGAGUGUAUCAAAAUAGGUCGUAAAGGGAUUAAAACAACUAUUUUCAAAUAAAUUUAAAAAAAAAAAAAGACAAAGGCAAAAAAUUUGUGGGGUCGUUUGACCCCACAUGACCCCAUGUGGGUCCGCCUAUGGCUAAACGUUCAAUAUUAUUAAAGAUAGCAGUCUUGCAUAUACCUAAUGCUAAUCAAGAUUUUCUUGUUAAAAUGAUUGAAAUGAAGGACGUGCUAAUGAAAUUUAAAGAAAGCUUUAAUUGUCUUCUUCCUUUUCAUGUUUUUGUAGUGAGGAGCUUGACGAAAUAGAUUCCAUUGUUACGUUGCACCCUAUUUAAUAUUCAGCUGUAAACAUUGAUGCAGUGUAUUCUUGCAUUUUAUUUGGAACAUGGCGUUUUAUGUACUCGUAAAUAAUUCAAUCUUGAUUUUAACCUACAAUAUUCUUGGCUACAGGAAUAUGGUCAUCGUGUUAGGUUGGCAACUCAUGCUAACUUCCGUGAAUUUGUGAAGUCAGCUGGGGUAUAUUUUUACCCACUUGGUGGCGACCCUCGGGUUUUGGCUGGAUGUAAGGGGUCCUCAACAAGCAUAUACAUUCCUGUCAUCACUAAAUGAACUGUAGUAGAUCUACUGUGGCAUUAGUAUGACUCUCAUUUAGUCUCAUUAGGAUUCUUAUGCGUAUUCUGUGACCUUGGGAUCCUGACUAUAGCAUAUAUGGCCAGAAAUAAAGGACUUAUACCAUCAGCACCUGGAGAAAUAUCUGUACAGAGAAAGCAAAUAAAAGCCAUUAUUGAAUCUCUGCUUCCAGCUUGCACAGAACCUGAUGUAGAAAAUGGUGAACCAUUUAAGGCUCAAGCAAUUAUUGCAAACCCUCCUGCAUAUGGACAUGCGCAUGUUGCUGAAUCUCUUGGUGUGCCCUUGCAUAUCUUCUUCACGAUGCCUUGGACGUGAGUUUAGAUAUUCAUUUCUGUUUUUGUUUCUCAGUUCUCUGUCUCACUUAACCCUUCUAAGUAAUUGAACUAAUAUUAAGUUGUCUGGUAUAAGAAUUAAGUUUUAUCAAAAGAAAAAAUAAAUAAAUAAAUUUAUCUACAUUUCCUCUCAAGGAAAGAUUAAAAAAAAGUGCAAUUAUAAAAAUAACCGUGUCCACAAUAUUUGAUGUUUCGAGGAUGGUUUUUGGCUCUAUAAAAUUGACAACAAAAGAUUUCUGU